GCCCGCUCAUUCCUGCGGCUCUGGAAAGAUGCCCCGGGGGAAGGGCUGAGCUGGGGGAUGCGUGGGAAGGAGCUUCUCCUCCGCCCGAUGCCAUCACCCUGCCCGGAGCUGGGCACCAUCCCACUGCCCGACCCUCCGCCCUGCUCCUCACCUGUGUUUCCCGUGACCAAAGCGAGUCCCAGCCCUGGAAUUGCUCUUAGCCCCAUCGCCGCCUCUCCGGGCUGUCCAAGUGUGACAGAUGCAGCUUGAGGAUGGGUUUUCCAUCAGAACCACCACCGAUGGGGUGGGAGGUGAGAGCUGGAAGUGAGAAAUUCUGAUUUUAGGAUAUUGGUGGCAGCUGGGAGCUCCCAGCACAGCUCAGCAACGCGUGGCUGCAGCACAGCACUGGGGAGGGACGCAGGGAUAGUUGAGCCUUCAGGGCUGCUCCGUGGAUGACUGCACUUAAGGGGAGUGGGGAAGCUGUGCGGAUGGGUUACGGGGAAGCUUCUUGCAGUUUGCAAGGAGCACAGUGGAUGUGGAUGCGGGGUGAGAGGACUGGCAGGCAGCACGGGGACAAGGGUGUUAGUGAAGUUAUGAUGUGGGGAACAGUGAGUGCAGGGCUGUGCCAUGGUUGGAUGCCACCUCUAGGUGAGAUGCAGGGGUAGAGUGCAGUGUGGGUCAGGGGGUGCCCACAUCCUGGGUGCAGAACAUCCCCGCAGCAGCCCGGGAAGGCUGAGGGGAGCAGCCAGGCGUGGGGAGGCUCACGGUGUCUCUCCCAGCAGGGAUUUUGCUGCCCCAGUGCCCCUGCAGCCUCCCCCCUCACAGCCCUCGAGCUGUCACCUGCAGGAAGGUGCGAUGCGUGGUGGCAGGUGGGGACGAAGCAGUAAAUGCCGCCUCGCUGGAGCUGCCAGUGUGUGCAGCGGGGUGUGUAAUCCGCUUACAGGGCAUGGAGCUGCCCUGUAAAUCCCUGUUCACAGGUGGGAUAGUCAGGGCCUUGUGCUGAUGAUGCUGCUGGGGCUCAGCGUGAGGUCCCAUGAAGCAGCUCUGUGUUAUGGGAUGCAUCAGUCCCUGCUGGGUCCCUCUGCACCUACAACCCCAUGGUUCAGCUCUCCCCCCUCUGCCCCCCCUGGUGCUUUGGGGCUUUUUAGCACUUUCCCAGCUAAGCCAGGCAAGCAAAGCGUGCCCAGCCCCGCGCCCAAUGCAUCUCGACAUGCAUCAAGGCAAAUCAGUGUCGGGCUGAUGGGAGCAGACCCCAGCCCUGACAGCUCGUGCUGCUGCCCUGCGGGGGCCCUGUGAGCGCUCGGGUUAACCCCUGAGGAUGAGGUGGGCAGCAGAGCUGGAUGGAGGUGUUUGGAAUGGAGGUGCUGCUUUUGAGAUGGAUGUCCCGCUCAGCCUGGCAGACAGGCAGCCCAAUUUUCUUCCCAUCCACCCACUGUCUUGGCCAGUGAUGCUUUAUGACCCUUGCCACCCCCAGAGCUGCUCUCCUGCCCCACAGCUGGCCUCACUCUUCUCCCCAUAUCCCGGUGCUCCCCUGUGCCCUUGUGCUGCUCCUGCACCUCCCCCAGAGCCGUGCCUCGGUGCUGAGGGUGCUGGGUGCCCACGCAGGGUGGAGUUAUGCUAAUGCUCCUCCUGUCCCUCCCUGAGCCUGGGCGCAGCCCGUGCCACUCGCAGCAUCUCCCCGCCACGAGUGACAGCGGCCGGGCCAUGGCCACCUGCCCUGAGCUGCAGCCUCUGCAGGAGAUCAAGCGCUUCCUGAAGGAGGACUCAGAAGAGGCUGAGCUCACCCAGUUCCUCAGGGACUGCCCUCCUGCCGACAGCCCCCGCAAAGUGGAGCCCCCUGAGGGCCGGUGGGACUCCGGCCACCCCCUGUGCGGGAGGGCCCCCGGUGAGGAGCCCACCGAUGAGCACGACUUGAGGUCCUUCUCUCGUCCCCGGCCCUUGGACACCCAGCAGCACAUCAUGGCCCCCCCGCCGCCCAGCCCCUCACGGCCGCGCAGCCCCUGGGGGCAACUGGACCCCUACGACUCCUCUGAGGAUGACAAGGAGUAUGUGGGCUUCGCCACGCUUCCCAACCAGGUCCACCGGAAAUCUGUGAAGAAGGGCUUUGACUUCACACUGAUGGUGGCAGGGGAAUCUGGACUGGGCAAAUCCACCCUUGUCAACAGCCUCUUCCUGACAGACAUGUACAGGGACCGCAAGCUUCUCAAUGCUGAAGAGCGCAUCACGCAGACGGUGGAGAUCACCAAACAUGCGGUGGACAUCGAGGAGAAGGGUGUCAAGCUGAAGCUGACCAUAGUGGACACGCCGGGCUUCGGUGACGCUGUCAACAACACCGAGUGCUGGAAGCCAGUGGCUGACUACAUUGACCAGCAGUUCGAGCAGUACUUUCGCGAUGAAAGCGGCCUCAAUCGCAAGAACAUCCAGGACAACCGCGUGCACUGCUGCAUCUAUUUCAUCUCACCCUUUGGCCACGGCCUCCGGCCCCUGGAUGUGGAGUUCAUGCGGGCGCUGCACCAGCGUGUGAACAUCGUGCCUGUCCUGGCCAAGGCUGACACCCUGACACCCACUGAGGUGGAGCGGAUGAAGAAUAAGAUCCGAGAGGAAAUCGACCACUAUGGGAUCCGCAUCUAUCAGUUUCCUGAAUGCGACUCUGAUGAAGAUGAGGAGUUCAAGCAGCAGGACCAAGCGCUGAAGGAGAGCAUCCCCUUCGCUGUCAUCGGCAGCAACACGGUGGUGGAAGCCAAGGGACGGCGCAUCCGUGGGCGGCUCUACCCCUGGGGCAUCGUGGAAGUGGAGAAUCCGUCUCACUGUGACUUUGUGAAGCUGCGCACCAUGCUGGUGAGGACCCACAUGCAGGACCUGAAGGACGUGACGCGUGAGACUCACUAUGAGAACUACCGCACGCAGUGCAUCCAGAGCAUGACCCGCAUGGUGGUGAAGGAGAGGAACCGCAACAAACUGACACGGGAGAGCGGGACGGAUUUCCCCAUCCCUGUCAUCCCCCCAGUGCCGGACUCAGAGACGGAGAAGCUCAUCCGGGAGAAGGAUGAAGAGCUGCGGCGGAUGCAGGAGAUGCUGCAGAAGAUCCAGAAGCAGAUGAAGGACACCCACUAACCCCCCCACUCCUCUGCCCACGCCCCACAUGGAUCAGAAAUGUUUACAUCACGCUCCAUCCCAGCCAAGCUCUGAGACUCGAUACCAACAACACCUCUCACCUUAAGCUGCUGCAGUAUCGCCUUAUGGACUUGGGGAUGGCGAGGGGAUGGGGUGCGCCUCCCGGGUUCCCCCAGACACUGUCCCAGCCCCUCCUGCAACCCCUGGGAUGGGUGCAGUGUUGUCCCUGUGGCUUUGGCUCUAUGUCCCUCCCCUCCUGGGCAUCUUCAAAAGGCCACUAUGGCCCUGCUGCUUGUGAUCUUGUCCCUGUGUCACCUGGGGCUGCUUACCCGUGCUGUGAAGGAAGAGGGAAGGAGAGAACUGGUCCCAGCCUCACAAACUGGGGUCUGUACCACUCGAGAUAGGGGCUCCUGGAGGCCAUGGGUCACCCUUGGCAAGGGACUCCCAUGACAGCAGAAGAGGUUUAGAAGCUCAGUGGUGUCCAGCCCUGUCACAUUCCCUUUCCCCAUGGAGCAUCAUCCCAUGGGAUCAUCCCAUGCUGGUGCACAAGGAACCUUGGGGGGGAAAUCACCAUCUCCCCCAAACACCAUCCCUCCAACCCCAAACUGUAGUGAGCAGAGACCUGCCCUUACCUUGUUGGCCCUACAAAGCAAUAAUCACUGUCCCCACCCUCAGCAAGAGCUUUGUCCCCCGAUGGCAUUUUGGCUUCUUGCUUGUCCAUCAUGACACUGUGUCCCCCAUGAUGUCCCCACCCGUGUUGCUUCCUGGCAGUGCACCCCAACUCCCUGCUUCGCUCAGGCAAUGGGGAAAGAAGAAAGGGGACAGUAAGGCAGUGUGGUGGCCCUGAGGGCUGGAUGCAGAGCUGGGGGCAUGGGGACGUGUCCCCUCCCCACCUUGGCCACCCUCUCUGGUGUCCCAUGGAUGGGUUUCAGCCUCAUCCCCACAGUCCCCAUGUUAUAGUUCGGCUGGCUCAGGCUGGGUGGCAGUAGGGAUGAUGCCAGCAGCGUCCCUGCCUUGGCCACAGCCUGAGGGGUCCCUGUGUCAGCUCACCCCUGAGCAGGGACCUGCAGGCUGGAUGAGUGCUUUCCUUUUUUAUCUCGCUAUUUUCUUACUGAAGAACCUACCUUUGCAUGAUGGCCAUAGACGCAUUUAUUAAGAUAUACAGAGUUUAGGUUUAUAAAUUCCUAUAGAGCUAGUGGAAAUAUUUUUAACCCCUCCACAAACGUUCUCAAUAAAUACAGCUGACCUGGCUUGUCUGCA